UGUCUACUCAUUGACUCGGUGCAUUCCAUUCUCCCCGCAUCCCCCACCAUGUCCUUAACAACAGGAUCGUUCUCCGCACCUGCGCAGGUACACACAUUCGAUGGCCUUCUUUCUGACUUCGAUGGCACAAUUGUGGACUCAACCGAUGCCAUUGUGAAGCACUGGCACAAGAUUGGUGACGAACUCGGUGUCGACCCCAAGACUAUCCUCGCGACCUCGCAUGGCCGCCGCAGCAUCGAUGUGAUGCGUCUAUACGACCAGACCAAGGCCAACUGGGACUAUGUCAAUGAAAUCGAAGGCCACAUCCCGAAAGAAUAUGGCUCCGACGCCGUCGAGAUCCCCGGCGGCCGCGACCUCCUCGCAGCCCUCGAGACCUCCGGCGCAAGAUGGGGUGUUGUAACAUCAGGUACGCGCCCUCUAGUCGAUGGCUGGCUGGAAGUGCUCGGCCUCCCACACCCCAAGAACCUGGUGACAGCAAUGGACGUGCCACUCGGCAAGCCGGAUCCACGCUGCUACCUGCUAGGCCGGAAGCAACUUGGCAUCGAAGAUUCAACUUCGAUUGUCGUACUCGAGGAUGCACCUUCUGGUAUCAAGGCUGGUAAGGCUGCUGGGUUCAAGGUGAUUGCGUUGAAGACGACGCACUCGCUGUACCAGCUCCAGCAAGCUGGUGCGGAUUGGAUUGUGGAAGAUUUGACCAGCAUUUCGGUCAAAGCGGUUGUUAAUGGCCAGGUGCAGAUCGAGAUCAGGGAUGCGUAUCAAUAG